AUGGGAUACGCUAUAUCAUUUGAUGCAUCUGACGGAUACUUCAAAAUAUCCGAGAGGAUCGCAAUUGAUUGUGUAAAUUGGUUUUGUGCAUGUGUGUAUAAGGUUUUUCAUCAAGAAUAUUUGCAUAAACCAACUCCAUGUGAUAUUAAGAAAUUAUAUUCGGCUCAUGAAGAGAGAGACAUAGAUUUCUGGUCUCCACGUUAUAACGAUAUUUGGACUGACAAAGCAUAUGAUAUGAUGUUCAUGGUGAAAGGACAUUCAUACAAAUACGGUUACUACCUUUGUGAUGAGAUAUACCCUGAUUAUUCUACUCUUAUGAAGGUAUAUUUGGUUCCUCAAAGUGAAAAGACAAAGUUAUUCACAAAGAGACAGGAAUCAGCGAUGAAGGAUAUCGAGAGGGCAUUUGGAGUCUUCAAGCAGAUGUGGCAUGUAGUCAAAUACGCUACACGACUUUGGGAUAACGAUAGAAUUAAAUGA